CGCUGCAGCCCACAAAUCGCUGAGACCUCGAAUUUUGGCAGCUCGACUCCCCAACGACGACACUUCCGCCAGACCAAGAGACCCCAUUGUGUCGAUACCGGCCCCUUCGUCAAGAUGCUUAUUCCCAAGGCCGAUCGCAAGGCGAUCCAUGAGUACCUCUUCCGUGAGGGCGUCAUGGUCGCUGCCAAGGACUACGAGUCCACCCACGAGACCGGCAUCCGCAACCUCUAUGUCAUCAAGGCUUGCCAGUCUUUGACCUCCCGCGGCUACGUCAAGACCCAGUUCUCGUGGCAAUACUACUACUACACCCUCACCCCCGAGGGUCUCGACUACCUCCGCGAGUGGCUCCACCUCCCCGCUGAGAUUGUCCCUGCCACCCACAUCAAGCAGCAGCGGUCUCACGCUCCCCCCCGCGGCAUGCUCGGCGAUGAGGGCCGCCGUGAGGGCAGAUUCGGUGGCCGCGGCCGUGGCGACCGUGGCGACCGUGAGGGUGGCUACAGACGCCGUGAGGCCGGUGAGGGCAAGGAGGGCGGUGCCCCCAGCGACUUCGCUCCUCAGUUCCGUGGUGGAUUCGGUCGUGGCCGUGGCGGCCGUGGUGAUGCCCCUCCCUCGUAAAUGCGAAAAGCCAGAUCAUCUCUCUAUCUCUUGGGUUGCCAGCGGCGGCAUAACGGCAUGGCACGACAUGUACUCUAGGCCGAAAAGAUUGCCAAGGGUCGGUCGACCAGCGAUGCGCUCUGCACCCACUCACUAACCGGGAUUGUGAGUGGAAUGUGCGUUGGGGGAGUUCGUGGUUAGAGAAUCAUUCGGGAAAACUUCUGCAUUCGGGGUCAUCAUCUGCGGUCAAUAUCACGAUUUUUGAGUCCUCUCACUGGGUUGCUGAACUUAAUGACCGGUUCCGAUGGGGUUCUAUGGGACAAUUAUGUGAAACUAAAAGGAGUUUUUGAUGGUUUAUCUCGGGCAACGAACGGUCAACAGUCGUCAGCCGCCCUGUCACGUCGUUGAGGGAAUGUGAAUACGAGCGUCCAGUCCAAU